UGGCGCGGGCGGGCUGUCAGCGCGGAGCGCCGGAAGGAAGCGGAGCGGGGCCGGGGCCGGGGCGCGUUGGGGCGCGGGGCGGGGGGGGCCAUGGGCGUCCCUAAGUUCUACCGCUGGGUCUCGGAGCGGUACCCGUGCCUCAGCCAGGUGCUGAAGGAGCACCAGAUUCCAGAAUUUGACAACUUGUACCUGGACAUGAAUGGCAUUAUACAUCAGUGUUCACAUCCAAAUGAUGAUGAUGUUCACUUCAGGAUCUCAGAAGAUAAGAUUUUUGCUGAUAUUUUUCACUAUUUGGAAGUACUGUUUCGCAUUAUUAAGCCAAGGAAGGUUUUCUUCAUGGCAGUUGAUGGUGUAGCUCCAAGAGCAAAAAUGAAUCAGCAGCGUGGGAGACGUUUUAGAUCAGCAAAAGAGGCAGAGGACAAAAUAAAAAAGGCAUUAGAAAAGGGAGAAACUCUACCUACUGAAGCCAGAUUCGACUCCAACUGUAUUACACCAGGAACUGAAUUCAUGGCUAGAUUGCAUGAACAUCUUAAAUAUUUCGUCAAUAUGAAAAUUUCUACAGACAAAUCCUGGCAGGGAGUAACAGUCUACUUAUCAGGCCAUGAGACUCCAGGGGAAGGAGAGCAUAAAAUUAUGGAGUUCAUCAGAUCAGAAAAAGCAAAGCCCCAUCAUGAUCCAAACACGAGACACUGUCUCUACGGCUUAGAUGCUGACUUGAUUAUGCUGGGAUUAACAAGUCAUGAGGCACACUUUGCGCUCUUAAGAGAAGAAGUCAGAUUUGGUGGUAAAAAAUCUCAAAGAGCAUGUGCACCAGAGGAAACCACAUUUCAUUUACUGCACUUAUCACUGAUGAGAGAAUAUAUUGAUUAUGAAUUUUCACCAGUAAAAGAUAAGAUUCCAUUUGAAUAUGAUAUUGAAAGGAUAAUAGAUGAUUGGAUCUUAAUGGGUUUUCUUGUAGGCAAUGAUUUUAUUCCUCAUCUACCUCAUUUACACAUUAAUCAUGAUGCGCUGCCGCUACUUUAUAGAACAUACAUGGCUAUCUUGCCAGAACUGGGAGGUUACAUAAAUGAAAAUGGGCAUCUGAAUUUAAAACGCUUCGAGAAGUAUCUCACGAGAUUGUCAGAUUUUGAUCGUGAACACUUCAGUGAAGUCUUUGUAGACCUAAAAUGGUUUGAAAGUAAAGUAGGCAAUAAAUACCUCAAUGAGGCAGCUGGUAUUGCAGCAGAAGAAGCCAGAAACAAUAAACAAAAGAAACAGAAGGCUCAGGAAAAUUCUUUAUGUUUGGCUGCAUUAGAAAAAAAUGAAGUUGCGACCUCCAGAACUGUGUUGGAAGAUGAACCAGAAGAUGAUGAUCUGUUUGAAACAGAGUUUAGGCAAUACAAGAGAACUUACUACAUGACUAAAAUGGGUGUAGAAGUAGUUUCAGAUGACUUCCUGGCUGAUCAAGCUGAAUGUUACGUCCAGGCAAUACAAUGGAUUUUGCAUUAUUAUUACCACGGAGUUCAGUCAUGGAGCUGGUAUUACCCAUAUCAUUAUGCACCUUAUCUGUCAGAUAUUCGCAACAUCAGUGAACUCGAAAUCAAAUUUGAACUGGGAAAACCUUUCAUGCCAUUUGAACAGCUUCUUGCUGUACUUCCAGCAGCUAGCAAAGAUCUAUUACCUAAAUGUUACCAGCAUUUGAUGAUUAGUCAAGACUCUCCUAUUAUAGAAUAUUAUCCACCAGACUUUAAAACUGACCUGAAUGGAAAACAGCAAGAAUGGGAAGCUGUGGUAUUAAUCCCUUUUAUUGAUGAGAAACGACUGCUGCAGGCCAUGGAAUCAUGUAAUAAGUGCCUAAAAGAAGAGGAGAAACGCAGAAAUACUCACAGUGCCUGCUUAAUGUACUGGCAUGACAAAGAUGCAGAGUUCCAGUACAUGUCUCCUUGGCCAGAGAAAUUUCCUGCAAUUGAAAGGUGUCAUACCAGGUAUAAAACAAUACCUUUGGAUGCUUGGCAUGUAGAAAUUACCCACAAUCAAAUAACUAAAAUCAACAAGAGUGCAUUAUAUUUUUGUGGAUUUCCUACUUUAAAGCACAUUAAACAUAAGUUCUAUCUUAGAAAAAGUGGCGUGCAGGUGUUUCAGCAAAGCAGCCAUGGAGAAAACAUGAUGUUAGAAAUCAUAACUGAUGAAAGCUCAAAAGAUCAAACAGUGGAGAACGUUGCCAGUUUGAUACUUGGAAAGCUUGUUUUUGUUAACUGGCCACACCUUGAAGAAGCCAGAGUUGUUGCUGUGUCAGAUGGAGAAACCAAGUUCUACUUGGAAGAACCACAUGGAACACAGAAGCUCUACAUGGGAAAUGCAGUGCCCCCAACUAAAGUGGCAUAUGUUGGAGAUAAGGAACAAAGCAUGUGGUUAAAAGAAGUGCAAGGUCUUUCAGAGCAUUACCAGAGAAGAAAAGGAAUAAUUAUUCAUGAAACAUCAAUAGUUGUGUAUGCUCAGUUACUCACUGGCAAUAGAUACCAACUAAACCAAAAUGGUGAAGUAUAUUUGGAGAAGCAGUGGUCAAAACAAGUUCUUCCUUUUGUUUACCAAACUGUUGUCAAGGAUAUCAAAGCUUUUGACUCUCGUUUUUCAAACAUCAAAACUUUGGAUGACUUGUUUCCUCCUGGGAGCACAGCCUUUAUGCUGGGAUCUCCUUACUAUGGCUGCAUGGGAGAAGUUCAAGAUUCACGUGAUGUGAUCCCAGAAGGUAGAAUUCGUGUAGUUUUCAAUAUUCCUUGUGAACCCCAGCUUGAUCUUUUAAUACAGAAUCAGCAUAAAUACUCUGUGAAAUACAAUCCUGCGUAUAUUUUGGCCAGCCGUCUCGGAGUAAGUGGAUAUCUGGUCUCCAGAUUUACAGGGAGUAUCUUUAUUGGAAGAGGAUCAAAGAAAAAUCCUCAUGGAGAUCACAAAGCAAACGUGGGGCUGAACUUGAAGUUCAAUAAGAAAAACGAAGAAGUUCCUGGCUAUACUAAGAAAGUUGGAAGUGAAUGGAUGUAUUCCUCUGCAGUAGAACAAUUACUUGCUGAGUAUUUAGAAAGGGUUCCUGAGUUGUUUAAUUAUAUAGCCAAGAACAGUCAGGAAGAUAUAUUCUAUGAAGAUGACAUCUGGCCUGGUGAGGAUGAGAAUGGAGCUGAGAAAGUUCAAGAAAUUGUUGCCUGGUUAAAGGCACAUCCUGUCUCUGCUUUAUCUCGCUCAUCUUGUGACUUGCAAAUUUUGGAUGCAGCCAUUGCUGAGAAAAUUGAAGAAGAAAUAGAGAAAUGCAAGCAAAGAAAGAGUAACAAGAAGGUGCGAGUAACUGUGAAACCCCAUUUGCUAUACAGACCUUUAGAACAACAGAAUGGGGUUGUUCCAGAUAGAGAUGCGGAGUAUAAGCUGUUUGAUCGUGUUGUCAAUGUGAGAGAGAACUUUUCUGUUCCUGUUGGUCUUCGAGGUACCAUUAUAGGAAUUAAAGGAGCUAGUAGAGAAACGGAUGUUCUCUUUGAAGUUUUGUUUGAUGAAGAAUUCCUGGGAGGCCUAACUAUAAGGUGCUCACCUGCCAGAGGUUAUCGUCUGCCAUCAAGUGCCUUAAUUAACCUGUCUCAUGGUAGUCGGUCAGAAAUGGGAAAUCAAAAACUGACAGCCAUAGUUAAACCUCAGCCAGCUGCGAAUAACUACAACUCAUAUGCAUCUGAUCUGUCAUCUGUAUGCUCACAAAAAGUGCAUCUGGGAGGCCUCAACCAUUCUCCUCGCUCCCUUUUUGUUCCUACUCAACAACUGAAUGGAAGACAGCAUUACAAUCUCAGGGCUGAAAAUCAGGGCACCUCCAACUCACCCCACAAAGGAUCAUUUCUGAGUGGCAAUCAGAAAAAUAAAGCACAAAGUAAGCAAGAUGAUGAAUUCUGCAGUAUAUGGCAAUCAUUGCAGGUUUCUGGGAAGUCUUACCACACUCAGCAAAAUGUGCAUGAGAAGGGUGCAGUUCUACCUCAGGAAAUCAAGCUGGGAACUAGUAAUCAGUUCUGUAAGCCAGUCUUCAGUGACAGCAGCUUUAAAGGUCAGCAAAGAAAACAGGAGCCAUAUAAAAAAUUUAAAGAAGAUUCCAAAGUGACAAGAGGUGAAAAUCAGCCACAUAAUAAAGUAGCAAACAAACAGAAUUUUGCAGGUGUGAAUAAGUAUAAUGUCAAACUUCUGAAGAGAAAUGAAAGUCCCAAUGUCAUUCAGAAGGCAGCAGGUGAUGGUCCAUGUACAGGUGGAAAGAAGGACAAUGAUCUUGAAAGUCUUCUAGCUUCUUUGAAAAUUUCCAAAGAAAAUGAAGGGCAGACUUAUUCCAAGGAAGCAAGAGCUACAAAUGAAGAACAUCUGUCACCACAAUCAUUUGCUAUGAAAGGAACGCAGAUGCUCAAAGAAAUUUUGAAGAUAGAUGGCUCUGACGUGGAGAUGAGGAAUGAAGUGAAAUCCCAAGUUAGUGAUGUUCCUGCUUCCCCAGGUAGACAGGAUUGCCAUGGAGCUGCUUUGCAAUAUAGACAACCAAAAAAAAUGGCUGCUUAUAUGAACAAGCCUCAUAGUACUGGAGGCGCUCAGAAUACACCAGCACUGGAAACUGGAGGUCACCCUUUUGUUGGUCCACAGCCUGCAAUGUCUACUCCUGUUUCUGAACUUUCUCGUAUUUGUUCUCUUGUUGGAAUGUCGCAACCAGAUUUCUCUUUUGUAAAAACACCACAGACUAUGACAGUUUGUCACAUAAAAUUAUCCAAUGGAUUGUUGGUUCAUGGACCGCAGUGUCAUUCUGAAGCUGAAGCAAAGGAGAAAGCUGCUCUUUUUGCUUUACAGCGUUUGAGCUCUAUAGGAGUGAACUUCACUUUGCCUCCACCUCCCCCUCCACCUGUGUUUCCAAAUUAUCAACCACUGGGAGUUCCUGUACCACCUGGACCUAUUCCUCCAGUCUUUACACAACCCCCUGCUAAUAUGAUGCCUCCGUCAUCCCACAUGUUUGGUCCAGUGUCCUGGGGAGCUCCAGUGCCUAUUCAUGGCAAACAUUAUUAUCCUGGUUCCUAUCCAGGAAACGUGUCUCUUGCAGGAACUAUACCAGUUGGCUCUCACAACCAGUUCAUACCUCUGCAGGUAACUAAAAAAAGGGCUGCUAGCAAGAAAAACUUUGAGCUCAAGGAGUUUCAGAGUCCCCCUCAAGCUGCACCACUAAAGAAUGAACAGCCAGUGUCUUCUGACCACAUUCAGCAAGAUAGCUCUUCAGCUCCUUUAAAAUCUCCUCAAGCUGCUCAAUCCACUGUUUCAUUUCAAGACAAUGUGGCUACUCCAAGUGUUCCUCAUAACAAAUCAACACCAAACACUUCCAGCAAGCGAAAGCCAAGAAAGCUGGCUGUCAAUUUUGGCGCACCAAAAUCUUCAGAAUAAAUAUGGUAGCUAGGUGUAUUUUAUUUUUAACUCUUCCCCCACUGUUAUGUUAUAUCAUUUAAAAAAAUCAGAAAGCUCUAUUAAAAAGACCAGCCACUUUACGUUUAGUAUAGAACAAAAUACCUUUUAUUUGCUAUGAAUUUCAGGUUGUUACAAAACCAGAAAAUGAUGUUAAAACUUAGUUAUUUUGACUUAAAUCAGGAAAAGGCAGGAAAUGCUGAGUUAAGGUUACCAUGCCAUCCAUUGUGCCUAGGUUUCUGAACAGUGGCUUACAGACUAUACUGGGUAAGCAGCAAUAACAGUGGCAACCUUAAUUCAGAAUCACUGUGCUUUUUGAGUGGGAUAUGGAGCAGUAAUAAGUUGGGCAUCAAACAUUGCUUAGCAUGACACUUUGUAUUCUAGCUUAUUUUUAAAUAGUGUAAUAAGAUAAAAAGGAAAAAUUAUUUAAGUGCAGUUUUCAUAUUGGAUCUCCAGGUCCUAUUGAGCUGAAUCAGUGUGAUUAAAACUUAGCUACAGCAGAACUGCCAAAUUCCCUGUAAUUACAAACUGCUAGGUUUUAUGCCAGGGGGCAACGAGUGUACAACUUUCAAAAUUCAGGUAUUGUUAUAUCUCUACUACACAGUGUCAAGAUGUGGUUGCUGAUGCAGAAUCCGUUCCAGGAGAUAUAUUUAUAGGAUGUAUUGAAUAAAAACAUAGUUACAAAGUAGAGACCUCACUGGUAGCGUACUUCUUUUCUAUUUUUUUUAAGCUAGCAGCACUGACAGUUCCUUUGUUUUCUGUUGAUAAAUUAACAUGGAUAUCUACAUAGCCCCCUGAAAUGCCAGUGAUAUCCUGAAAUUUAAUAAGAUGAAUGGAGUUCAAAGAUGUCCAUUUGUGUAGUAUGGCUGUCAAAACUAUGCUUACUCAUAGGCCAUUCUUCCCUCCAAUAUACCCUGAAACCUUCUAUGUGGCGUGUUAUUUUUUUGGUGACUAGGCGACUUUUAGUAUUUAUUUUUGGUUUUGUGAUAGAAGUUCUACGUAGCAAAUUUGUCAUUAUGUUAUUAGAAACUUAUUACAGUUACUUCCAUAACAAAAAGUUGAUUUGUGUUCCUUGGAGGGAGCUAUGUCAUAAGAACUAAUUACAUUAUAUGUAGUUCAUGUAGAAAAAGAGAAGGCUCAGAGGAACCUAUACUAUUAUUUUUUUUACCCACGUGUACUGUUCUUACAUUAACGAGAAUUCUUCAGUUUAAGAAUUUGAAGCAUCAGUUGGUGCUGUUUAAUGACAUUUAUUAGAUUUCAUUUUUCUUAGUUCUAAUUUGUUUGAGGAAAAAGAUUUUUCCUUUAAAACCAGCAGUUUAAAAAUAAAUUACAUUCUAGUGAUUUUUAUUGCUUCCAAGCAGGUUUCAAGUCUGUAGACUUUCUUUCAGUUCAACUUUCAUAUUAUUAUUAUUUGAUGGGAUUCUUAAAUAUUAAUUUCUUCAAAACGUGCAGUAAACCCUCUAAAAAGCAUCAAACAGGGCCAAGAAAUUUUACUUCAUUUUACUUAGUAUUACAAACCUUGUAGAACAGUCUGUAUACAGUCUUAAAAAUACAUUGACUUUGUUGUUUUCUUUAUAUCCAGGUAGUUUCAAGAAGUUUUAAAGCGAUAUUCCAUGAAGGACAAGUUGUACAUUUUGGUGACUUAUUGUCAUUAACAAUGUGAUACUGACAGGAUGUUGACAUGCCGAUAUUUCAGAAGUGUUUAUAUGAAAUUUUGUUAUGAGAGACAGAUGUUAGUCCCCCAUAUCCUAUAUGGAUUGCCUGAUUGCCCAUCAGAGACAAGAUCUGUUCAGAAACUACUGUGGUGGAGAUUAGAGUGCAUUAGAUACUAAUGCAUCGCCUGAUCUUCCAGAUUGUAGUCUCCUUUAAACUUCACCACAGGUGUCAUCAUAACUAAGUCGUCAUGAUUGCUAAAGUGUUGUGGUUUUACUUCUGACCUUAGAUUAAAAUACAGAAUUUGGAUAUAUCUGGAUAGCCAAUUCAUGCAGAUUUAGGAAAAGUUAUGAAGGACACUACACCACUAAUACCAGUAAAAACAGCAAUUUUUAUUAAUCCCUUCCUGUUUUCAGACUAACACCUCCUUCCUCUCUUCUGGUAGAGUUGCUGUAUUUAAUACAUGUAGCUGGUUAAACACUUAAUUCCAUAGCUGCUGCUUAGUGUAUUGGUCCCUGGGUUUUAGUAUAGAUAUUCUGUGAUACUGACUGCCUGAUGCCCAGUUAAUUACAGUUCUACAUGUCCUGGUACGUGAGGCAUCUGCAUUGACCUAUGCCAUGUCCCCUAUGAUUUCAGUUUUAUAUUUUAAUGAGGUGAUUAUGUUUAGUUCAUACAGGUAUAAAUUUAAGCAUUUGUUUUUCUCAUAGAUAUAAAGUAUUUUGUAAGCACUGGAAUUUUUCAUUAGAUCUUAUACAGAGCAGUAUUUUACUAAAAAUCGAAAAGGGAAGACUUUUAUGUGCGCAUUUUUGUAGUUUCUGAUUUUUUUAAAAUAACUUUUCAUUGUUUAUCUGCCAAGUGAAAUGUUUUAAAUUUGCAUAUGAAUGGAUACAGAAUGUAUUUUUUGUGCUGUUUAGUGUUAGUGUGCAUUUGCAGAUUUUUAGCAUGUAGCUGCACAAAGGACUGUGCAAAGAUAUUUUAAAAUAUGAAUAUAUGAUACACUGAAGGAAAAACAUUCAUAAGAGUUAAAUGCUAUAUAAAACUUUAAUGCAAUAGAAUAAUUUUAUAAAUUGUGUCUGUGUCUGCUUGGAUUAAAUAUUGAAAAAAAAAAACACAUUACUUAUUUCCACUGUUUUAUUUUCAAAUCCUAUAUGGGAACUUCUGUAUGCUCCAAACCAAAAUUUUAAGAUACAAGUUCACGUAGCCCAAGUUAGGUGAUUCUCCGAAGCAGCAACUGCCCACCUCCUGUGAGCUAUUUCUUGAUGGCUUUCAACUACUAUUCAGUUAAAGAUAUGUAAUUUGUUAAAAAGGCUGUUGGUCAGUUUGCAACCAAAAGCGCUUAACUAGAUAGUGAUCUGAAAAUCCUUUAGCACCUGUCACCUGCUAGAUUAAAAAUAAAAUAAAAUAAAGCUAAGUAAAGGCAGUAAGAUUACUUUCUAGCAAGUUCAGUCUUAGUGGUUCUUAUCAAGGCGUGAAGACAGCUGAAAAAUAGGAGGAAUCGUGGGUACCUGGAAGUAUUUGAUAACCUAAUGUGAAAUCCUUUGGUGUAUCUGGAGCAAAACAUUAUGCUGAUAUCUCUACUAAAAUAGCCUAAGAAUAGGUACCUCAUUGGUAACAAGGCUUUUGACUGAAACAUAAUGGCAAACUGUACGAAGACAGUGUAAUGUGUGCAAAUUUCUUCAAGAAAGAAAUGGCAAAUCCUAUUUUGUAAUUAGAUUUCUCCAUAACAACAGCAGGUUUUUAAAACAACUGCCAAUUUAAUGUUAUUAGAUUUUAAUCUUAUUUUAGAGAGGGUAAAUAAAUCCCUUCGCCUUUGUACUGCGUGUAUAUGUGUGUGUAUAUAUAUAUAAUGUGCUGGAUUUCUUUGUCUCUAAGGGUAUGUUCAAACUUUUCUUGUUCCCUUUUAAAGCACAGUGAACACUGUAGUCGUGCCAGUUAAUUUUCAAUAUCUUCGGUUGUGACUUACAAAUUUGGUUAGGAUCUGUCUUUUGCCUUCUACAGCAACAGGUGUUAUUUUCCUUCUCACAGAUUAUUAUGUGAAUUAGCAUGAUUAAAAUGAAUAUAGUGUAAAGAUUGGAGUAUACUCAUAAUGUGAUCGACUGUGUAACUUUGUGUACCUGUAUUCUGUAUAGAACAGUCAGGGCUCGGUAUAGACAUUCAGGUCAUAUUAUAUCACUAAAGAAAAUGAAAAGGAGUAAAGGGAUAACUUCAAAAGAUACCAGUUUGUGCAUAAUAAAUCUCACAGAGACACUCCCAUUCAAAAAUUAAGUGACUUUUGUUCAGUUUAGUUUAGUUCAUCUGAUCUACUAUAUAGAUGAUCCCUAAGAGUGAAGAAACUCAAUAUAGGAGUGGUUAUGUACAGUAAGGGAUCUCUUUCUUUUUUCUUUUUGAGAUGUGAUCUCCAUAUGUAUUCCAUAAUCAGCCUUCCUUACUAGUGAGAGACAGUUAUGUUCUUCUUUUUCUGUCUCUGGAAAAGGGACACUGACCUCAAGGGCAUAAGGGCAGUCUGAAUACAAAUUCUUGGCCAAAAGAAUCCAAAUUCAGGUGGGAGGACCCAUGAAUAUUGAGACUCUAACUGAUAAGUAUUUGGAGGAAUCAGAUGUCAUGAGGUAAGUAGCUGUUUUUUAUUAACAAAAGAAUCCAACAGUUCCUUGUUGCUGCCAGUUCUUGUGGGGGUGUUUACUUGUCUGUAAUUACAAAAAACUUCCUAUUUUGUUUCUGCUCAGAGAUAAUAUGACUCCAAGAUAACAGAGGUAGUCUGCAAGCCAAGUGCAAACAAAGAAAACUGUUCUUUUAAAGAACAGAGAAAGCAUUUUUCAUUAGAACUUAGUAUUUUUUUCUGGUAAAACUUGGUCAGUAAGCCUUACUGCAUCAACAUUGCUUUAUGAACAUUGAUAAUCACCCUUAGACCUCUAUUUUGCGUAACUGAAAGAAAGACAAAGGCUGGCAGUCAAAAAUCAACAUUUGAUUUCUGUGCCGCUAACAGUAGCAAUAAAAUUCCAAGUCAGAAGCCUUUAGCAUGUUGGGGGUAAAGGUUGGAGCAAGAACAACUGUGAUUCCAGUGCAAGUGAGUGAUCUGAUCUGAAGUAAUUUACUCAUGCUUGAGAUUUAGCACUAGUUUAGAGUAGGACUGUGACACUUAAUGCUGGCUCCUGAUGUUUCUUCCAGUACACGCUACUUUGAAACAGCUGGAACACUAACAGUCAUUGCAACUUAACUCAGUAAAUAGAAGACUGCUGGAACCUCUGAGUUGACUGAAACCAUACUGUGAUGGUUCUAGUUUUUUUUUUUUAUUUUUUUUUCCUUUUGCUUCCCUUUGCUUUUUUUUUUUAUUCAAUUUUUUAAGUGGCUAGGUCUUACUGAGGCAACAGUUCUUAAGUACUUUUUUGUCCCUCUAGCCUGCAGCCUACCCAUUCUGUUGUUCUAAUUUAAGCUUCACUGAUGGUCGUUUUCCUCUAUUUUUAGUCUUUCAUUUGAAUUUCCUGACUCUGAAAUCAAUUGUCUUUUAAAGAGCUGUUCAGUCCUGGACAUUCUAGGUCCAAAUGACGAUUAUUCAUAGUUACGUAGAAAUUGUGUGCACACAUACAUGCACGUGAUUUCUUAUUUUUUCAAGGCUGUUCACAGUUCUGUCAUUUUCAGCCUACACCACAGUUUGAGACACCCAGGUGACGAUAGAUGCUGUCUUGUAUAUACCUAUUGCACAUGCCUAAAUGUAGCUAUUGCUUAAGCAGGUUUUAAAGCAUGGGCAAAUAAUGAGACAUUAACCGAACAAGUACACAAUUUUUUCACUUGUUUUGGUAAAUAAAUAAUUUAAGAGGUGGGUGGCUUAAAAGUUUGUCCCAAGGUCCACCUCAUUCUCUAUGCAGGGUUACUUCUUUCACGGAGCCAGUGGAACAGAGGGACUGCUUGAAUGCAAAACCUAAUGUAUAUGGGCACGGUUUUGAUGUGCAGCUGUCUAGUGGAAGGGCUGGCUUAACCAGUUGCUCCUUUCUUGUUCCCACCUGAUUGUGCCAGAAUCUUUGUAUCACCAUAUUAUGAAAUGUAUCAAGAAGUUUAUCUGAUUGAAACUUUUGCCAUGUUAUUUUUCAGCCUGAUCAGUUCGCCAUGGAGCCACAAGAACUGCUGUAUUGGUACAACAGUUUGCUGUGGGAGGGCAGGAUUAUUUAGCAAGAGUGGAACUGCUUAAGAGACAUCCCAUCACUGCCCAAAACUCAAAUCAAUCACGAAGCUAAAAUGCUAGAUUAACUGAUGUAUUGUGAUUGUAUGUUGACUUCAAGAGAGCGGUAAGUUGUGUCAGGAGGACAGGAGGAACUGCCGAGAACUAUCAUAUGGUGAAUUAUUGCAGCAGAAUUUGCCAAAAGUUCAUCGCCUUUCAUUUUGGGUCAUCUGUUAAUUUUCCAGGCAAGGCUUAAAGCACCAGCUAUGUGGGCUGUAUAACCAGUGGACAAAUAGAAAUUUGUGGGCUGUUUCUUUUGUAAAAGCAAACUGAGGUAAAUAUUUACAUGUUAAAACUGUUUAAAAUUCUAGAAAAUGGGUAAAAUGAAAAAUAGUUUGAAGCACAAUGAAGGGUAUGUGCAUCUUGACAAAAUACAGCUAAUUAAGGGAACCUAAAGGGGAAAAAAAAACGCAUGAAUUGCAUACAGGCUUUGCAUCUUGCUUUUCUAGAUUCCAGUAGCUGAAAUCCUGUUAGCAUUGCCAAUGCCAAAAUUUGAUUCAUACUCGAAGCCUAGGGAAGAGGCUCUUAUGUAAUGGUGACAACAGAAAUGCACCUGAAAAUACCUUUAAAUAGAUAUAUAUAUACUAUUCCAAAUACAUUUUAUUUAAUAACUUGCACAGUUUAAUCAAUAAUCUGGUCUUAGAAAAUGUGAAGAUAAUGUUCUCUUUCUAGUAAGUAGGUCUACUGGAUGUGUAGCACUGCCAGCUCUCAAGGCCGAUUUUAAUUUGGGUAACUGGGGAAAAAACCUCUUGCUUGCUUUCAUCUAAAAGUGGAAGUGUUGCUGAGCAUGGUGACAUUUCUUAAAAAUACUCCAUAAAAAUUCCUCAAGGUGCAGGUUUUGUCAUUACUGCCAGAGAUAAUUUUGUUGUCCCUGAUGUUCUGCUCUUUGGAAUAACAACUCCUUUCUUUUGCUACAGCAUUGGAUGAGUCCCUAGAGUGCCUCCAGUCCUUGUUUGAUUUGAUAUUCCAGUAAAAGAUAGGACCAAGCACACUUUCCAGAGACUGAAGAAACGGAAGAUUUCAUCACAGAAGAUGCAGAAAUGUGGGAAAUUGCCACUGCAGUAAUUGGCAUGUGAUUCCAGGUGUGUAAAUUCUCUGCCCUUUGAAACGGUAGAGAUGGCACAUGCAUGCUCUCAUUUAAAUAGGAAGACUGAGAUGGUAGCAGGUACUAUCCAUGUUGCUGUGCAAUACAGAACAGCUUCCAAGGGUGCCAGUACAUCCAUGCUUCUAAUGAACGUUUCUAGUCUGUGCUAAAAUAAACCUGGGGCUUUUACCCAUGUGGGCAAUCAGAUUUCUCUCUGGGGGUGUCAGGUUUGGGGUAGACAAGUAACACCUGUUUGGAAAUAAUAUUAUUUAUGUCAAAAUAACAAGCUGGUGCCAGAUAAGUCAUGUAUGGACAAGAGAUGUAUGUCUGAAAAAAAUCUGUUGCCUCCUUAGUUGCAUUUGUUUUAUUGCAUUGCAACUGGAACAAUAAAAUUAGUAUUUCAUAAGCA